CAAUUUUAUGAGGAUUAGGGUUUUUUUAGCUGCCUAAAACCCUUGCUUUCCUUGCUCUCAUAUUAUCUUCUGUCGACUUUCAAGGGCUUGUUCGUCUCCUUUCCUUUGGCAAUAAUGAUGGCGGAGGAGGAGGUGAAUCAGUUGACAUAUGUACCGGAAGUGAUAUUGAAGAAAAGAAAAGGCAAUGAAGCAUUGGCAAUUUUGAGGAGAAAGCAGUUAGAGUUGGGCAAGCAUGAAAACAAGAAAAGAAAGCUAAGCGAAUUCAAAAGGCCUGAACAGUUAAUCAAAGAGUUCAGAGACAAGGAAUUGGACCUUGUCAGCAUGAAACAAAGGGGAAAGAGACCGAGAUCUGUGUCACGGUUGCCAGGAUGUAAUCUACUAUUUAUCAUCCGCAUACAGGGCAAAACUGACAUGCAUCCAAGAACUAAGAAGAUCUUGCGGAACUUGAGACUGAACAGAAUAUUUGAUGGUGUCUUCAUGAAGGUAGAUGAAGGGUUGAUGGAAAUGCUGCAAAAGGUGGAGCCAUAUGUAACUUAUGGAUGUCCUAAUCUGAAGAGCGUAAAAGAGCUGAUUUACAAGAAAGGUUAUGGAUUAAUAAACAAGCAGAAAGUUCCCCUGACAGAUAAUAUCAUCAUCGAAGAGGCAUUAGGAAAAUAUGGCAUGAUAUGCAUAGAAGAUAUCAUACGUGAAAUCUCUAUUCUAGGUCCACAUUUUAAGGUUGUCAGCAAGUUCUUGGGACCCUUGGCACUUAACAGACCAACGGAAGGAUUGCAGGGUAAGAAACAACCUUACAAGGAUGGAGGCGACUCUGGUGAUCGUGGUGAUCAAAUUAAUGAAUUGAUUAGUAAGAUGAAUUAGCAUUGCGAUCGUGAGAAAAAAAAUUUUGAGUUGUGAUUUACUCUACAUUUACCUUCUAUAGGUUCUGGCAUUUUGUAUUCCAAAUUUAUCAGUUCUACUGAUCAGAUCAUUGCAUCUCUGGUA